UCAGACUUUUGCGCAUAUCUAUCAACAUUCAUCAUAUCUCUCAAGAAAAUAUUGCCGGAUUUAAACAUAGAAAAUGCUGACCAACAGAGUCCUUAGGAAUUGCAUACCAUGGCCAUGGUGUGCAGUUAUAUUUCGAACUCGUUUUAGCGUAAGGCUAAACCAGCUUUGCAUCGGUGCGGACAUACGAGCGAGGUUGACCGUUACCAUCAUUUUGCUUUCGGCCGCUGAAGACGACACAUUUAUUUGCAUUCAUUGAAGUGUGUUAUCCAAUGCGUGAUGGAGAAGGCUUAUUUCCUGUUAUCAGUGGCAUCUCUUGCAACAGUGCUGCUUAUUAUCCCUUAUAUUCGAGCCGUCGACCUACCUGCAGAAAUAUGGGAACCUAAAUCAGCUGAGGAGUUGCGCAAUUUUAUUCAGACCAGUUUGUCGAGAGCGAAAGGCGAUUCCGAAGACAUCAAUGCGCUUUCUAAACAAUUACUUAGUCCAAAUCCGCUAGCAACAGUCUCUGGAUAUUUCAAAAACGGAUGUCAGUGUUCAAAUGGACUAUGCAGUUGUUGCACAGGGGUGUUCAGUCUACGUGGGUGCAUGAAUCUUACGUACAUACCGGAGGAAUUUGCUUUCGAUUUUCGAAUGCUGGUCAACAAUCGUGUUCUGUAUAGAAACAGAGUCAGCGGAAAGAAUCCACGACCCGUGUGUGUGAAUCCACCAAGGUUCGACUAUGUGGAAGUUUGCGCAAGGUUUUACGAUCUAUAUUUUGUUGGGAGAAACGUACAUGUAUGCUUGGAAAUGAACGGAAGCUUUGAAGGAUAUGAACUGUUUUCGAGAGAAUUGAACUGUCUGCGAAUGGGAGACAAAGGCGUGAAAAUACUCAAGCCGGGUGAAGCGUCUGGUUUGAAUAAACCGCCAGGACUUGAUGCAGAUAUCGAUGCUGGUACGGGAGAUAUCGAUGAUUACGAUGAACAUGUAGUAUAACAGUAAAUUGGAUAACUGAGCUGAUGGUUUAUGGGACGUCCAUUAAGUACGCCACGCAAAAAUUGUUGUUUUUGAACCCCUCCUCCUCUCUCUGUAUAACACUUUGUAUACGAAAACAGCUAUUUAUCAAGACCCAGCUGAGGGUCGUGCGUUCGAAU